CCCGCCCCGUUCUCAUUCCUACUGAUAGCCCCCCUUAGGUCUAAGUGACCUAAUGAAAAACAAUUCUUGGACUAAAAGAAACCCUAUUAUGGAAAGGUUUCUUUCUUGUUUCUUAUUUCCUUUUUCUAAUUUUUUUUCCAUUCCUAAUCAAAAUAGGAAAUAAACACAUAAUACUAAACCAGCCUAGGCUAGGACUACCAUAUUUCAAGUCUCACCAGACUAUACUCUAUAUAUACGAUACUAGACAUCAUGCUUUGCCUUGGAUCAAAAUAGGGCCUCAAGUCAAAGCAUCGUCAGUGUGUGUAGUGGCCAUCCAAUCAGUCACGACAACAAGCAGCAGAGAGCCACAUCCGGAAGCUAAGGGGAGCUCAUUUGAGAAAUUUAAAUAAAUUGUAGUAUCGGUGCCUAGAUAGAUGCCAAUGGCAGUAACAAGAUCUCAUAUUUCACUUCCUCCACCUCCUCUAUCGUGUCCUUGGCUCGUCUUCAAUCAUGGAGAGCAUGGAAAGUACUCCACUCAAACCUUCUUUAACACAUCACAAGAUACCUACGUCAUGGGAACAAUACCAGAGUUGUGCGACAAAAUGAUUGUUACAUGUUCUCACGGAUGGCUAGUAUUGCUUGAUCUUGAAUCCGAUGAUUGUUUCUUGUUGAAUCCAGUUUCGAUGAAGAAGAUUAUGCUUCCACCAUUACAAUACUUUCCGUUCUUCUGUUGCAUUCUAUCAUCACCCCCAACCGAUCCCAACUGUGCACUCAUUUUUGUCUGUCGACAAAAACCAAGUGCCAUGUUUUGUCACCUGGGCGAUGGUGAAUGGACCAAACAACAUUUAAGAUCUGCUGAAUAUUUCAGAUCUGCUACCGUAUGUGGGGGAAAGAUUUAUGGCAUUACUUUAGAUGGAACUCUGCUUACGGUAGAUGAUGUUGGCUCUAAUCUGGUUGUGACAGAAUUGGGGUCAGAGAAGGCACCAAAUCCAUCAAUUCCAGAGACAUCAAAGUUGGAUGAGAAUUUAGUUGAUUCGUGUGGAGAGUUGUUUAUUGUAGUCAAGUCUUACCUAGGGAUGACUAUGAAGAUAAGGGAUAUAGAAGUUUACAAAAUGGAUUUUUCAAGAUUGUUAUGGACAAAGGUGGACAGCUUAGGAGAUCGAACAUUCUUUCUCUGUAUUGGCAAUAGUUUCUCUUGUUCUGCAGCCGAAUCAGGGAUCAAACACAACUCUAUCUACUAUCUGGAGGGAAACGACCGGGACCUAUUUGUAUUUGAUCUUGAAAAUUAUAGCAUCUCAUUCUCUACGCCUUGCCCACUUCAAAGUAAUUGGCUGCAACCUAAAUGGAUUAUGCCUAUUUUAUAAGCCUAGCAACAGAUAAUUUUGUUUAUAUAUGUAUUUUUCUUCUUUUACAUCAUACUGUACUUUGUUCUAUCAAUUAUCAUACUUUCUCAUUUCAUGUUUGCUGCU